UGAAGAAAUGAAGAUGACAGUUUCUCGACUUGAGCAUCAGAUCAAGGACCUGAGGGGCGCCAAGCAAGGUCUUGAGGAAGAUGCAAAGAGUCUGAGAAUUGUGCUGCUAGGGAAGACAGGCCAGGGGAAGAGUGCCAGUGGAAACAGCAUUCUGGGAAAAGACGUCUUUAAGGAAGAUUUUUCAUUUCAGUCUGUGACAUUUGUUUGCCAGAAGAGGACUGGUAUUAUCAAUGGAAGGAGAAUAACUGUCAUUGACACCCCAGGAGUGUUUGAUACAGAAACUGACAAAGAGGAGACCCAGAAGGAGAUUGUAAAGUGCAUUGGCAUGGCAGCUCCUGGGCCCCAUGUGUUCCUCCUGGUGAAACAACUAGGACGGUUUACAGAAGAGGAGAGAAAUGCUGUGGAAAUGAUCCAGAAGAUGUUUGGUGAUCAGUCUAGAAUGUACACGAUUGUGUUGUUUACUCAUGGAGAUAAACUCAGGGGAAGGCCACUUGAUCUUCGGAAUAUAGGAAGUGAAGUGAAUAGUCUUCUUCGUGCAUGUGGAAUGAGAUACCAUGUCAUUGAUAAUAACAAUAAAAACAAUAGGAGUCAGGUCAAUGAACUUCUGAGUAAAAUAGAUAACUUGGUGGAAGUGAAUGGUGGUAGGUAUUACACCAAUGAGAUGUUCCAGGAAGUGGAAGAGGCCCUCAAACAGGAGCAGGAGAGAAUACUUCUGGAGAAGAAGGAGGAGAUUGAGAAGCAGAAACAGGAACUACAGACCAAACAUCAAGCUGAGAUGGAUACGCUGAAAAAUGAGAUGGAGGAGGAGAAAAGAAGACAAGAUGAUGACAAGAAAAAGAGAGAGGAAGAUUUUAGGACUAAGGAGAGCAACAUGAAAGAAACCAUGGAGAAAAUGGAGCAGGAAGACAGACGCAAAGCCAAGGAAAUGGAAGACGAAUAUAAGCGCAAGAGGCAGGAGAAUGAAGAAUGGAUAAAGAAACGAACUAAAGAAAUACACAGGGAAAGAGAUGAAUGGGAGAGGAAAGCUAAAAAUGAACAGAAGAGGAGAGAUGAAGAGGAAGAGCAGAGGAAAGUUAGAGAGAUGGACGAAGAGAAAAGCAGGCAAAAUAGUGAGAGAUUGCAAUUCAACCACAGAGUGGAAAACAUGUUACGAGAAUUUGAAGAGGACAACCUGAAGAAGAGGCUUGAAUAUGAAGAGAGAGUGGAAAAGGAGAGGGAAAAACAGAAAAAGCUUGAGGAAAACAUAAAACAUGCAGAAGAAAGUAAAGUUAAGGAGCUGGAGGAACAGAAAAGUAAGCACGAAGAUGAGUGUCAAAGAAAUCGUCAUGAAGAAGAGAAAAGAAUGAAGAGAUACGAGAAGGAAAAGCUGGAGGAGAAGCAGAAGCGAGAUGCUGAGGAGAAACAGAGGAAAAUACUAGAGGAACAGGAGAGAGAGAAAAUUUCAAGGCCAUAA